GUCUCGUGGUGCAGUUGAAGGUUCAAGCCGAGCUCAAUCCAACAUGGCAACCAGGUGGGGGAUCUGCAGCGCGGGGAAGAUCAGUCAUGACUUCGCUGUGGCUCUGAAAACUCUUCCAACUGCAGACCAUCAGAUUGUGGCCGUGGCCGCUCGGAAGGUGGAGGAUGCUCAGGAGUUUGCGACGAAGCACAACGCCUCUCGCUCGUAUGGAAGCUACGAGGAGCUGGCCAGGGAUCCCGACGUAGAUGUGGUGUACAUCGGAGUCAUCCACCCUCACCAUCUGAAGACUUGUCUGCUCUUCACCAAUGCUAAGAAGAACAUUCUGUGUGAGAAGCCGCUGGCCAUGAACACCAAGGAGGUGAAGGAGAUCCUGGACUCUGCAAAGAGGAACAAUGUCUUCCUGAUGGAGGCCGUUUGGACCCGCUUUUUUCCAGCUUCUGAGGAGAUCAGACGGCUGCUGGCCCAGGGCGAGGUGGGGGAGGUGAAGAUGGUCCGAUCCGAGUUCGCCGUGCCUCUCAUGCACGUGCCGAGGGCUGUGCAGAAGGAGCUGGGGGGAGGAGCCAUGCUGGACGUUGGUAUCUACUGCCUGCAGUUUACAUCCAUGGUGUACAACGGAGAAAAGCCUGAGAGCAUCCAAGCCAGCGGAGUCUGCUUUGAGUCAGGCGUGGACGAGACUGUCGUCGUCACCCUGAAAUACCCCGGGGGCAGAUUGGCUGUUUUCACCUGUUCAGCAGGAGUGCAGCUGCCCAAUGAAGCCAUCAUCGCAGGAACGAAGGGCAUCAUAAAGGUCCCGUACCCAAUGUGGUGCCCCACAUCGUUAGAGGUGAACGGACAGGAGAGCCAGUAUUCACUGCCAGAACCCGGCAUGCCUCUCAACUUCAUCAAUAGUACAGGGAUGCGCUAUGAGGCAGAAGAGGUUCGCCAGUGUUUGCUCAAAGGUCUGAAGGAGAGCACCAUCAUGUCCCACACCGACUCUCUUCUGCUGGCUGAGGUGGAGGAUGAGAUCAGGAGGCAGGUGGGGGUGGUGUACAGCCAGGACUGCCAAUAAAAAGCCGUCAGGAGGACUUAGGAACCGGGUUCUCCUAUAAAUAACAUUUUGUACUGUUUAUAACACUAGAAUCUAUAUUUUUGCUAAAUUCUUUACACUUCAAAUAAAAAGAUCAUCAUUCACUCUUG